AUGCCAAUUUUCUCACAUUGCAACAUUCGAUUGACGGCAACCAUUAUCAGCGUUAAAAGACAUUGCCAGGCAAGGUUACUUCGGCAUAUUGCCAAUUUGUUCACAUUGCAACAUUCGAUUGACGGUUCCACAGCACUAGAACUUCGUAGUAGAUCACAAGAAGUACACACUGGAUCACAAGAACUACGUAGUGGAUCACAAGAACUACGAAGAGGAUCACAAGAACUAAGAAGAGGAUCACAAGAACUACGUAGUGGAUCACAAGAACUAAGAAGAGGAUCACUAGAAGUACGUAGUGGAUCACAAGAACUAAGAAGAGGAUCACUAGAACUACGUAGUGGAUCACAAGAACUAAGAAGAGGAUCACUAGAACUACGUAGUGGAUCACAAGAACUAUGUACAAAAACACUAGAACUAGGCACUGGAUCAACAAAAGCAGCAAAUAUUAGAGUAAUUCAAGUCAAACCAGCAUUAGAUCUAUGGAAAAAUGAUCUGGAGAAGUUGGUGCCAACUGAAGUUACAUUUGGUCCAAAAGGAACUAAACUGAUAAAAGUCAAACCAGCGAAAGAAUCUAUACAUCUUGUCCAAACAUCUGAUGCUGAACUUAACGACAGUCAACUAAAAAAGGAUUUUAGUCAGAUGGGCGUUCAUUAUUCGAAAGAAGAACAAGAAAAACUCAAAGAACCAAAAGCUGACGUGAUCUCCAAAAGAGAUGAUUACAGAUCUUCAACAGACACACACCACACCAUGUGUUCCGUUAGAAUUCCCAGUACACGUAGAUGUUUAGAUAAUAGUAAUAAUAAUGUUGAUUCAUGUAUGUCAACUAUCACUCUACCAGAAUCAUCAUUUAAACUUCAACCUAAACCUCAUCGUGAUACAAUGUUCUGUAUUAUUAGAGACAAAUCUUGGAGACAACUGUCCACUUCAGUUAUAGAUAAAACAUCAAAAAACAAGAACAAGACUAAGAAGGGAAAGGUAAAAUACACGAAAGUGAAAACAUUCAUAGAACCAAUAGAUGAAAAGAUUAAGAAGAAGAAAUGUAAGAAUAUUUUAAAAAGAUUUAACAGGCACUAUUCUGUACCUGGUAGUAAUGAAAUUGAUGCCGCCAUAUUGAACAUAUCUGAUAGCUUAGUAUCCAUUGAAGAAAGAUUUCCAUGUCCAGUUUCUUACAAACGAUUAUACAGUUUGUAA